AUGGCUCUGAUUCAUCUAGGUCUGGGAAGCAUGGGAAACGCCAUGGCACAAAAUCUGCAGAAAAAGUGUUGCAGCAAGGACCCUCUUCGUUUCUUCAAUCGCACAGCUGUGCGCGGCAAGUCGCUGCAGGCCUUGGGGGCAUUUCCAUGCGACUCGGUUGCUCACUUGGUGGACGAGAGCGAUAUUAUUUUCACGUCGCUGAGUGACGAUGCGGCUCUGGAAAGUAUAAUACAACAAAUCGCAUCCUGUGGCCAUUUGACCGGUAAAAUCAUAGUCGACACAACCACUGUGCAUCCCGACACAACGAAAUCCAUGGCAGCCAAGUUGAGUGCCGUCGACGCGCAAUUCGUCUCUGCACCUGUCUUUGGCGCCACGCCCAUGGCCGAAGCAGGCCAGCUUCUCAUAGCAGUGGCCGGCCCCGACGACGCCAUUCGCGUAAUCAGUCCCCUCCUGAAAGGUGUGAUUGCGAGGAAUGUCAUGGUCGUUUCCCGAGAACCCCAGAAAGCCACCUUACUGAAAACUCUUGGAAAUUUCAUGAUCGCAGGCAUUAUGGAGAUCGUUGCAGAAGCACACGUCUUUGCAGAUAAAACCGGCCUAGGAUCGAACAUCUUGGAAGAUCUGAUAGAGCAGAAUUUUGGAGCACUGGCUUAUUCAGAUUCCCGACGAAUGACCACAGGCGUAUAUUGUCCGGGGAAAGAUCAAGCCCCUUACUCCGACCUCAACCUGGCGUUGAAGGAUGUUGGCCAUGGUUUGUCUUGCGCACAGAAUGUUGGCGUAAAACUUGGGGUGGCCCAUGUCGUCCUCGAAAAUCUCAACAAAGCCAAGCAAUACUCGGAGGAUCAUGGCGGUCGCGCUUUAGAUUCCUCUUCCCUAUUUGGCGCCGUCAGGAGCGACGCCGGGUUAGAUUUUCGGACGGAUUUUGUGAAAAAAAGGGACGGAGAAAACUAG